AUGUGUUUCAGUCCCAAUACAGCUCAGAAACAUAAGAGAUGGCUUAGCAGAGUUCUUAAACUUCCAUAUGGGGAUGGGCCAGGUAAAUACUUAGGUUUACCAACUGAAUUUGGAGUUAGUAAGGCUGAAUUAUUCCAUUCGUUGAGUGACAAGCUAAGUGGGAAACUUCAUGGGUGGUCUCAGAAGUUCUUGACCCAUGCCGGCAAGGAGAUCCUAUUAAAGUCUGCUGCCCUCCCAAUCACAAACUUCGCCUCUUCUCACUUUAAGAUCCCAAUGUCCAUCCAUAACUCUAUAAGGAAGGAAGCCACCCAUUUUUUGUGGGGAGGAACUGUGGAUGAGCCCAAAAUCCACUGGAUGAGCUGGAAGAGAUUAUGUUCUUCUAAGGAGCGGGGAGAGCUUGGCCUGAGAGACCAAUGGACACAUAACAAAGCCCUCCUUUCAAAAGUAGCUUGGAGGCUUUAUUCAGAUCCAGGAUCCACUUGGGCUCAGUUUAUGAAGAGUAUCUACUUCCCUCACUGUGAUUUCCUGGAGGCUCAGCUUGGCAACAGCCCAUCAUGA